AAAACGCUGUCGUCGUCUACUUUUUUAUUAUGCAAUGAAAUACUAAUAAUCGAAACCACCAAGCCACGACGAUUGCGACUCAGAGAAUUUUUAUUUUAGAUAAAGAAAUCAAAAGAUGAGUGAAGUAUUCGAAGGAUAUGAACGGCAAUAUUGCGAGCUAUCGGCGAAUCUUUCCAAGAAGUGUACGGCUGCUGCUGCAAUCAGUGGAGAGCAGAAAAAGCAAAAAGUUUCUGAUAUAAGAGGUGGAUUGGAAAAUGCAGAAGAACUGAUUCGGAAGAUGGACCUUGAGGCAAGAAGUUUGCAGCCAAAUGUCAAGGCUAUGCUUCUUGCUAAGCUAAGGGAAUAUAAAUCAGACCUUAACAAUCUGAAAAGCGAAGUUAAAAGAAUUGCAUCUGGUAAUUUAAAUCCAGAUGACCGAGAUCAGUUGUUAGAGUCUGGAAUGGCUGAUGCGCUCACCGCAUCGACUAAUCAAAGAUCAAGACUGAUGAUGACUACAGAACGGUUGAAUCAGAGCACUGACAGAGUUAAGGACAGUAGAAGAACCAUGCUUGAAACAGAAGAGCUUGGUGUUUCAAUUCUUCAGGAUUUGCAUUCGCAGAGACAGGCUCUCUUGCAUGCUAAUAACACGCUUCACGGAGUGGAUGAUAACAUUGGCAAGAGUAAGAAAAUUUUGACAGCUAUGUCAAGGAGGAUGAACCGGAACAAGUGGAUUAUUGGGAUCAUUGUUACAGCUCUUAUCGUUGCUAUCGUCAUCGUUUAUACUUCAAACUUGUUAAAUAGGUAUCCUGCAUGUUCACUAUCUCGGUUCUGGUUGUUUUGACGUAUAAUUUUACUUUGCUUCAUCAAUCCAGACUUGGUUUUGUU